UAGCAUGUGAUCGCGGGCGGCGGAGGGGCCGGCCUGCGUCUCUGCAUUGGCUGGAGGCAGAGCUCCGCUUGUCUAUUUAUUUUUAGCCAGUGGCUGAGCUCGUACUGCCGUCCGUCUCGUUUCCAGUGGCAGAAAUAAGUAGCGCAAGAGGAGCUUCUGCUGCAGCAACCGAGAAGGGGGUGACCGUGACAGGCAGCGAUAGCCAGUGCGCCGGCACAUCGCUUCACGCGAUCGGAUCGCAAGUUGGACUCCUAGCUUGGUGACCUGUUUUGGAGGUGCGUUGCAAAUGGCUAGUCCCGGGUUGGACCUGGAGGAAUGUCGGCAGCAGGACGCGUCUCCUGAACCCGCGUUUCAUGAGGCUCAGCAGUGGAUCGAAGCAGUCACAGGCAGACGUUUUGGCGAGAAGGAUUUUCGAGGAGGGUUGGAAAAUGGAAUUCUGUUGUGUGAGUUGCUAAAUGCUAUAAAGCCAGGCAUUAUAAAGAAGAUAAACAGGCUGCCAACUCCUAUUGCAGGACUGGACAAUAUCAUCCUUUUUCUGAGAGGCUGUGAGGAUCUUGGCUUGAAAGGUUCACAGCUGUUCGACCCCGGUGAUCUCCAAGACACCUCCACUAGGGCAAACCUCAAGAGUCCUGACUGUAGCAGAAAGUUGAAAAAUGUCCUGAUUACUAUCUACUGGCUGGGAAAAGCUGCCAAUUGUUGUGCUUCCUACAAUGGGCCAACACUAAACCUGAAAGAAUUUGAAGGACUGUUAUCUUUGAUACGAAAGGAAGCUGAAGACCUUGAGAGCCCAAAAAGAAGUAUACGAGACAGUGGCUACGUUGAUUGCUGGGAUUCAGAACGCAGUGAUUCCUUGUCACCUCCUCGGCACGGUAGAGAUGAUUCCUUUGACAGCCUGGAUUCAUUUGGUUCACGUUCACAGCAGACACCAUCUCCAGAUGUUGUGAUCAGAGGCAGCAGUGAUGGUCGUGGAAGUGAUUCUGAGUCUGAUGUACCACACAGAAAGAUGCCUGAUGUGAGAAAAGAUGAUAUGCUUACCCGUCGAACAUCAUGCAGUGAACCCAGAGCAGCAAUGCCUUUCAAUCAGUACCUUCCUAACAAAAGCAACCAGUCAGCAUAUGUUCCUGCACCACUGCGCAAGAAGAAGACGGAACGUGAAGAAUAUCGGAAGAGCUGGAGCACUGCAACUUCACCUAUUGGAGGAGAGCGGCCAUUUAGUAGCCAGCCUGAAACAAUCAAUGAAGAGGAAAAUGAAGAACAUCUCCUGAAUGGUAGAGAUGACACAAUGCAGAAUGACUGCCACUUGACACAGACAAUUUCUGUUCAGAGUGAGAGAAUCACAGGAAGCCAUUACAACAUAAAUAAAGUAAAUGAAGGGCAAAAGUUCAAGUUGGAUGGAAAAGAUAAGGAGGAGACCGAAGAAGAGAAAAAGCUGAAAAGACUUGCAAGAGCUGGCAUUAAAGUUCUUCCAGCCUCAGUGCGCUACAGCAGCUCACAGGAAACAAGUGAAGAAAAAAAUGCAGCUGCUACAUCUGUAAUACUAAGGCAGGAUAACGACCUUUUACGAAAUGAGCUACAGCAUGGGCUAGACUCUGAAGAGGAAGAGGAUGAGCAGAGAUUUCCUGAUGUAGAAAAAGAUGAUUUUGCUCUUAGAAAAGUUAAAAUGAAUCAAUUUAAACCCAAAAUUUCUCCAACUCAAUUCAUUCCAUCACCAACUGCCAGUAAAGAGAAAGAAGCUGCAAAAGAUAUGAAAAAAGAUUUGCAUCAUAGCAGAGUUCAUGUCCAGGACAAGCCAUGGCAACAUUGUUCUUCUAGAUGCGCAGAUAGUGAAGAAACCUCAAAUCUUUUUUGUCAGACCUUGGACAAGAACGGGCCUGCUGUACAGGCAAAGGCUGCUGCGCUGGAUGACUUGGCCAGCCGAAACACCAAUAGAGCAACCAAAAAGGCUACAGGCAGUCGGCAGCGGUUUGUACAUUUUGGUCCAGUGACAGAAAUAGAUCAGAAAAGCUGGGAGAAGGUUAGCAUUCCAAAAACCACAUCAGAAGGUGAAGCAACUGAACAUGUAACUAAUAUAGUUCAUGUUUCAAGUAGUGAUGCUUCAAGCAAGACUCGUGAUUCUGAUUUGAAACACCUUAGGCAGAUAUCCAGUGAAACUAAUAGAGAAAGCAGUGUGCCUGUGAACCCAGAUGGUUUCUGCAGUAGUCCUUUAGUUAUGAGGGAUAAACAUGAAGCUUAUGAAGCUUGUGAAGCAGACUGGCAUCUGCAGGAAGACAGUGAUGAGGAGGAGGAAGAACGAUUACCUAAUUUGGAAAAGGAUGACAUGUUGGCCCGUAGAACUGGAACUUUCCAGAAACAAAACAUGAAUCCUGUUUUCAACAAGUUUCUUCCUAUGCCAGCAUCACUAAGAUCAAGGCAGGAUGCUCACUCUAAGAAAAGCCAGCGACCUGAAGAUAGCCCUAGAGUGAUUGCUAGGAAUUCGUGUGGAUCAGAGAGCCUGGAAUCCACAACUUCUCCAGGCAAUGAAGUACAAAUUGUCUCUCCUGUGAACAUCCAGUCUACUGAAUUUGAGGAAGACAGCGAUGAAGAGACUAGAGAAGGAAGGCUCCCAGACCUGGAGAAAGAUGAUAUGCUGGCACGUAGGACUGGGGCCUUUCAAAGAAUGCCAUGCUAUACCUUUAAUCAGUUUCUUCCAGUUCCUGGCUCUCUCCAAAAAAAUCAGGGUGUUGACUUGGAGAAAAGUAACAGCAGCAGCUCUGGUCUGUCAGAACCUGUGGAUCAAUGCAGGCAGAUUGCUAUGACAACAGUAGGCGUCAGGCCCAAGGAGAGUCGUGCAACAACCAAGGUCCCGCUUCAUGGGAAUAAAGAGAAGGAGGGAAAAGAACCCCUUUCUGAUAUGGAGAAGCAUGAUGUGAACAGCCUGGCACCUGCCUCCCCCAAAAGAACAUCACUUGUUGUCAGUCAGGCCUUCUCCGUGUCUGCUUCCCCACCAGUUCAGACACUCAAGGACGAUAAACCAAGGAGGAGGCCAUCUUGGUUAGAUGACGAUCUACCACCAAUAUAUAGCCACAGAGCUUCUGUUUCUGAUGAUCCAGAGAGCGUGAGCAUGAUUGAUAUGAGGUAUGAGGAGGAGGCCAUCUUGCAGCCACACAGCAAAGCUCGGCAUGAACAUCUGCACAAUUUGCACAAUCUCCUGCGAGAAGAGGAAGAUAAAUGGCAGGAUGACUUGGCACGUUGGAAAAACAGAAGACGAAGCGCUUCACAGGACUUGAUAAAGAAAGAGGAAGAAAGGAAAAUGAUGGAAAGAUUGAUGAGUGGUGAACAGAAUCUGUCCGAAAGAAGAAGGAGCAUAAAGACUUACAAAGAGAUUGUGGAAGAGAAGGAACGUAGAGAGCAUGAGCUGCACGAAGCCUACAGGAAUGCAAAGUCCCCAGAAGAGGCAGAAGCUGUGUUGAGGCGCUACACGCAGCGUUUUACUAUAAGUGAAGCUGUCCUUGAAAGUCUGGAAAUACCCAAGAUUUUAGAAAGGAGUCUGUCUGUUGACUCAGAUACAUCUCCGAAGAAGGAACCUAGUGCGAUGAAAUACCUGAGGCAGCAGUCCCUUCCUGCACCAAAAUUCACUGCUACUGUGGAGGCAACUGUAGAAAGGGUUCCACUUUCACAGACCAGCCCCCAGGUCUCGCCAACAAGGAUAGUUUCUUCAAAGGCUGUGCCUCUGCUUACCCCCAAGCCUUACUCUCAGCCUCGAAGCUCUCAGUCUGGGCUAAAGUCAUUAAGGGUUGAUGGGAUGGUGAGAGUGAAUGGAGAAGCAGGUGGUGUCUUUGAAAGAGCAGCUAAUGAAAAUGAAAACAAACCAGUUAGCACAUCUACUUCUACAACCAAAAAACUGGUUUUUGAAAGCUUGGCAAGAACUGAUCCAUCUUCUAACAAGUCUCCAGAAGCACAGAAAGGGUGUACGUCCUAUGGCACUGAGCAAAAUAGCAUAAUGUCAUCAACAUCAGCUGUAAAAUUACACACAGAAAACUUUCAGAUGAAGUCUUCAGUGAGGACCAAGACAAACAUCUUACAAGACACUGCCAAAUUAAAUGCAUCGCUUGAAAAGGGAGAAACCAGUAAGGAUGAAUCCAUGGAAAAAUCUCAUGAAGAUUUUGUUGGACCAAAGACAAUGGAAGUGAAGACCUUAUGCUCUUCUGAUUCCUACAGAGAUGACGAUGUGUUCGAGGAUGAAGCAUUUCCUUCAAGCACAGAGGAAGACAUGCAGAGAACACCACAAAGAGAUGCACACAGUCUGAAGUGUCCUGUUGCAGAAAUAAGCAGUACAAUUACGACUAAGAACUGCUCACAACUGAAUUCUUUUCAAAAUAAUGCAUAUUGUUUGUCCAUGAAAAAGAAAAAUCAAGAUACUGCAGUUCAUGACAACAUACAGAAACCAGAGAAGUUGGCUGCUUGUGUGAUCCGGGAGCAUAAAACACAACAGUUAGAGAGCUUAGCAUCACUUGAGACACAGACUGCUGAGAUAAUCGGAGAACUGUCUAGCAGUGGCAGCCUUCCACGCAGGUGUUCGAACUCAUGGCUCCGUUGGGAGUUUUUUACACAGUCAGCUACAGUUGAUGACAAUUCAGACAUCCUUGAAAGCCCAAUAAACCUGGCCAAACGUAAUGAGCACUGGUCUUGGGACCCUGAGGAGGAGCGCAGGCGACAGGAAAGGUGGCAACAGGAGCAGGAGCGUUUGCUUCAGGCGAAGUAUAAGAAGGAGCAGGAAAAGCUAAAGCAAGAAUGGGAGAAAGCCCAGAAAGAAGUGGAAGAGGAGGAACGUAGGUACCAUGAAGAGGAACGUAAAAUCCUGGAGGAAACUGUAGCACCCUUGACACCCCGCUCAUCCACGUUGUCCUCCCCUAGUCGUAGUGACCAACCUCAGUUACCCUUGGAUCCAGAUGGAACAAUAGUGCGAUCACUGGCAGACUGGGAACGCAAGCAGGAGCUUCUUGAAAUGCAGGCUAGAGAGAAAGCUGAAACCUGCCAGAAAAAUGCCACUAUGCAAGAAAAUGCUCACAAAAAUUUUUUCGGUAGUAAUCAAGAAACCAUUGGCAAAUCAGAUGCAUUCCUCAAAGAGACAGACAGUCUGCACACUCAACAUGUAAUUAAUACAAAUGCUGUUGUCUAUAGCCCACAAAACUGCAAAAGGCCUUUAACGGACCAUAGUCAACAAGCCACAUCUGAGCUUCAUUUCACUCAUGAUGGAUCUUGGAAUUACAAACAGCCUCUAAUAAAAGAAGAGGAUGAUUUGUGGAAGAAGACUGCAUCUUUGGACCGAAACUGGAAUCCACAGUCUGUCAUGGAUGGAAUGAAAAGGUCUGGGUCAUAUGAAAAUAUUGGGUCAAAUCCAUCAAAAUCAUCUCCAUGUUCAUCUAAUCUUCAAAAUCAGUCUCCCAACAGUAGGUCUGUCAGUGGAAAAAAGUUGUGUUCAAGUUGUGGGCAUCCACUUGGUAAAGGAGCUGCAAUGAUAAUUGAAACAUUGAGCCUGUACUUUCACAUUCAUUGCUUCAAGUGUGGAAUCUGUAAAGGUCAGUUGGGCGACACCACCACCGGAACAGACGUGCGAAUCCGCAAUGGACUUCUCAACUGUCAAGACUGCUACAUUCGAUCCCGAACUACUGGCCAACCCACAACUUUGUGACACAAACCUUCAUUGAUAUACUGAGAGUCACCAAGAUGACAAAGUGCUUCCCAGACAAUCAUCUGAAACAACAUCCAUCCAUGAACUUGUAUUUCCAAAAGUACAGUGUUCAAGUGUCUGUAUGUUUAUAAUUACUGACCACUCAUACAGAGGCCAGGGGCUAUAUGUAAUGUAUGGAUGUAUUUUUCCUCAUAAUACAUUUGAGUGGAAAAAAAUACAGUUUUCAAGGUAAUGCUGAACAUUGUCUUUUUCACAAAUUCAGCUUAUGUAAUAGGUAUACUUUAUAACAAGUAAGCAGUGUUUGUUUUUCCAUGUAAUUAACAAUUCUUAUAAUAUUGGGACUAAAAUUUGUAACAACACUAAUGGGCAAAAUGUUAAUUUAAACAAAAGCAUAGUCUUAAAGUUGUGAGCAUUGCUAAAUAUUUUUUAAAAGUGAUACAUAUUGAAUGUAAUGUCAAUCUGAGCAUCUUGUCACAAUUUUCUUCUGGUUCACCAUUUUGUACAAAAUAAGACUUUAUAAAUGUAAUAAUGGAUAGCUAUUUUUUCACGUUGAGUGUGGGUGUUGGCGUGUGCCGUUCAGCAGGGCUAAAGAAAAAAGUGAGGAAGUAUCCGACGUAUGAUGUUGAAGCUGAUGCUGGAAAUUCAACUCGCUGUUGUUGUUUUUUUUUUUGUUUUGUUUUUUUUGGUACUCUAACCCAGAUGCCCCAUUUGAAGCUACAGAUCGGUUUUGGACUAAAUUAGUCUUGAUUUAAAGCAGAAUGAAAACCUGGCUAAAUCAAGUGUGACAAGAAGUGAAGUUAAAAUCACAGUUUGCUGCUGUGUUGAUUUCGAUAGUUUGUUGCUCAUGUGUAAAAGAGACUAACAAGAAAACUUUACCUGUUCAAGUAUUUGGCUACACCUGCAGCCUUCAUGUCCCUCAUUCAUUCAGGGCUUUAUAGUUCUGUUGACUGAUCACUUAUAUUUUGUCUUUAUUUUCUCUCACAAGUAUUUACUGUUUCAAAUAUUUCAGCACUUAACAGCUGGAGUGUUUAGUUUAACUGCUCAACGUUUUUUUUCCCUGUACAAUGGAAUCCAUUUCUGGCUCUCUUCUCUAUGGAGACUUCGUUGGAAAUGAAUAGAGAAGGGACGCUCAGUCAUGAUGCAGUACUCCUGCUUUACUGUUACCCAUGACAGACCUGUUUUGAUUUAAGCAAUAGUUUUCUAAAUAUUGAUAAGUUAGCAAUAAUUUAUUUGAACAGUUAUAAUAUAAUGCAUGCUAGCAACAUGCUCAUGCAGAGUUUUUCCUCAUGUUCUUUUGUGUGUCUAAGUAUGGGUGCAUGCAUGAGUGAAUAUUGUAUAAACUUUAUUUCAAUUUUUUUUUUUUAUUUCAAUUUUUUUUUUCCUUUUACAUAAUAAUAAAACUUGAUUGCAUUUAACUUGUGCCUUAGAGAAAUGCAGGAUAUUGCACACUUUGUGGAAUGUUGGAUGGAUGGUGAAAAUCCAAAGAUGAGAGCUCUGAUCCAUCAUUCAAUUGCAAAUACUCCAGAGCUGAAGGAAUUCAGAAAAAAAAGCGUGGGGUAGAUGAAUGAGGGCAAUAGAGUAAUAAAUUAGGCUACCCUGACUUUUUUCUUCUUCUCGACUGUCUAACUUAAGGACAGUUUCGUAAAUUGCAUGUUUUUUUUUCUUUUCUUGCAUAUUGUUUGUAACUAUCAUACAUCUACAUACACAUAUGUGAACAAUUCUUUUACUAUGUGCUGCUUGCUGUUGUAUGGGAAUAGCAUACUUUUUUGGUUAUAGCAUUUUUUUUCUUUUCAAUUUUUGGUUGUGUUUAAUAAUUGAUAUACAUUAUAUAUAUAUAUAUAUAUAUUUUUUUUUUUUUUUCAUUCCUGCAUGUAUAAACUUAUUUUUUAACAAGCAUUCUAUAAUCAAAUUUAAUUCAUAAGGUAAAAACAUGCAGAAGUUCCAGCUGCCAAGAUAGCACUCCUCUUACUGAGGUGAUACUUCUCAGAUUCCAGUUAAAAUAAUUUGUCUGGAUCAUGCCAAGUCUAAAAUAUCUGAUAUGAUAUAUACUUUAAAGAUUUUUUGUGCUAAGGUUGCAUCACUUUAUUAUGGCAUCCUAGCAAUGCUCUCUUGUGUUCAUCUUAUCUUCGGAAACAUGCAGUAUUCUUAAAGUAUAGUAUGUUUAUUAUUAUAAACUUUGAGGUAGAAUAAUGCCAUGUGGUCUAUUGAGGGAGCCUUGAAUAGCAGAACAGAUAAGGGAACGUUUGUAUUGUGGUGUAGUAUUGUAUGGGGCAAACAAUCAUGGCAGGGAUACUUGUGUUCAGGCUAUAUUUAUUGUAACAUUUCUCAAAAAAAAGAAUUAAACAAAUGUUGAAAUGCAAUGGCUUUUAUAGCAAAUGUAUUGUUUAUAAAUAAAAUGUGUAAAACCUGC